AUGCCUUACAUUUUGUUAUACAAAGUGGAAUUUCCUACUAUAUCAUGAUCAUUAUAGGAGUGGAAAAUAUGCACAAAUAUUGAAGGAACAGUUUUCCCAUGGGAUUUGAACCUGGUCGUGUGAAUCCUAGUCAGACUCUAUCCACCACACCAGACUGGCCUUCGGGUUUGUAUUGAAAGGAUAAUUCCACUGUCUUUGGCACUGUGGUAAUCUUGGGUAGCAUUAAUUUACUGUGAAGUUGUACAGCGACCAUUUCUUCUCUCAAAAUCUACGCAGCUUCUUUCUUGCCAAGAUACUGUUUUGUUUUUGCUUUGGGAUACCUCACUGUGUGCCAAAUAUCUAGAGUCUAUAUCUUUGAUUAUGGACAAUAUUCUGCUGAUUUUUCUGGGCCAAUGAUGAUAAUUACACAGAAAAUUACAAGCUUGGCAUAUGAAAUUCAUGAUGGAAUGUUUCGAAAGGAAGAGGAACUGACGCCAUCACAGCGAUGCUUAGCUGUGAGACGCAUGCCAAGUCUACUGGAGUAUUUAAGUUACAACUGUAAUUUCAUGGGUAUCCUGGCAGGCCCAUUAUGCUCUUAUAAAGACUAUAUUACUUUCAUUGAAGGCAGAUCAUACCAACUGACACAGUCUGAAGCCAAUGGGAAAGAAGAAAUAAAAUAUGAACAAACAGAUCCAUCUCCAAAUAUAGCUGUGGCUCAGAAACUCGUAGUGUGUGGACUCUCCUUGUUAUUUCAUAUGACUGUUAGCAAAACUCUGCCGGUAGAAUACAACAUUGAUGAUCAUUUUAGAGCAACAGCGUCGCUGCCUGUGAGGGUUAUCUAUUUGUACUUGUCUCUUAUGGCUGCCAGACCCAAAUACUAUUUUGCAUGGACUUUGGCAGACGCAAUUAAUAAUGCGGCAGGGUUUGGAUUUAGAGGUUAUGAUAAAAAGGGAGUUGCACACUGGGAUUCGAUUUCCAAUCUAAGAAUUCUUCAUAUAGAGUUUUCAACAAGUUUCAAGAUGUUUCUUGAUAACUGGAAUAUCCAGACAGCUCUUUGGCUCAAAAGAGUAUGCUAUGAACGAGCCUCCUUCAGCCCGACAAUACAAACCUUCAUUUUGUCAGCUAUUUGGCAUGGGGUAUAUCCUGGAUAUUAUUUAACAUUCCUAACGGGUGUCCUCAUGACACUUGCAGCACGAACUAUUAGAAAGAACAUUAGACACUACUUUAUUAACUCUCCAGCCAUUAAAUUAUGUUACGAUAUUAUGACUUGGAUGAUGACUCAAGUAGCAAUAAGUUAUACAGUGGUACCAUUUGUACUUCUCUCUGUGAAACCGUCUUACACAUUUUACAGCUCCUGGUAUUUUUGCCUGCAUGUGGCCUGUAUUUUAGUGCUGAUGAUAUUCCCAUCGGAAAAACCUCGAAAACGAAGUAAAGACCAAGAAGAUAUCCAGCCCUCUUGGUCAAAAAAACAAGAAGAAAAAGAAAUUGUUCUGGGACAUAACAGCUACUCAGUGGCAAAUAGUUUUAAUCAAAAAAGAGAAAUCACUUGCAGAAAUACAGCAACAAAACAAUGAUCUAAGAUGCUACGGUGGAUAUAUUUUAUAUUUUCAAAACCCAUUUAUAGCACCUUUUAAAGGGGGUUUGUAUUUGUCUGAAAAGAAGGUUAGUAAGAAAAGAAUGCUAUAUCUCUAGAGAAUAUUGACUACACUAGUAAGAAUGGAAAAGCAAGUUAACCUCUGCUGUGCCAUGCUCCUGUGGAUCAUGCCUUAUAUGAAAAUAUAUUACCAUUAUUUCAAUGGGCGCUCAGGACUUACAGCGUAUGUCCAUUGGGUCAUUGGUCUGCCCCUUUGCUGAAUGUACGUUGUGUAUCCCAAGGCACUUAUGGGGUGGUGAGCAAUUGUGUUGGUCGAGAGAAACUGAAAAGAAAUCUCUUGGGAAAAAAAACCUUGCCUUAAACCCUCUAUCUACUGAAAUAAUGUUUCUAGGUGGUAUUUUCAUGUUUAAUAUAAUGUGGGGAGCAUCGUGUAAAUGAAAGCAUUAGGGUGCUGAUGAAGUAAGGAAACAGAAGCAAGUCAUUUAAUGUCUGGAUUGUUAAGAAGGAACUGCAAUAAGCAUCUCAGUAUUUGGAGGGUUUUCUUAGUCUGUCACAUUCAAAUGGCACAGUACCACAAACAUUGCUAAUGCCAAAUUAUAGUCUUAUCUGAUAAACAUUGUCAUCAAAAGGGAGCCCUCUGGGGGGGGGGUUAACACAUAAAAGGCAGUCUUUCCACAUCUAAAUGUUCCAGCUUAAUUUUUCAUAUACAUGAACUUUGCACAUAGAUACAAAAUGACGGCCAUCAGCUCAUGGAGUGCCAGUUAAAGCUGUAACCCUCCAGUAAAACACUUCUUUGUGUAAAACACUUCCUUGUUAUAAUGUACAAACCGUUUUGCAAAGAAUGCACUUAUGGUACAGUCAUUUGGAAAUUUUGUCAGAGAUGUAAAGAAUUAGUGCAAGAAGGUGCUUAUGAUAUAAGUAUAGCCAGAUUAUCUUAUGGUUAUAAUUUAGUUUAUAUUAAACAAAGAGUGAAAUUGUUAAAUAGGUAUUAUCUAGCUCAUUUUUGACAUUCUAUAUCAUGUAACACUGAAAAGCCUAUGGUUUAGGAAAUCCCUAAACCAGGAUUUCAUUCAUAGAAAUCAUGAUGUAUCUUUUGAUAAAACGGUCCCAACCAUUCUGUUCUCUUAUAAUUUUAUUUUUAAAAUAUGCAAAGGGAAUUAAUUAAUAUUAAUCACUUUCUGGUGAAUAUUAACCAUUGCAAGAGAAAUAAAGUUCUAAAGGGCUAUGA